UUUUUAAAUUAAUCAAUUGUACUUUAUUUGGUAAAUAAGAUUGUUUUAAAUAAAAGUGACAAACUUUUUAUUUUAAGUCAAUUAUUAAAAGAUAUUUAUUUUUAAGUAAGAUAAAAAAAAAUGGAAAAAGAAUAACCUCUGGAGAUUUAGGUUCAAUAGCUUAUUGAUUCAACAGUUGAAUUAUAUAAUUCGAUUAUUAUUUAAGAAAUUAAAGCAUAAGCGGUUGUUAAUACAUCAACAAAAUCAGAAAAUGAGAUAUCAGAAAAUUUAAAAACUUUAAUUAGCAAAAAAAUAAUGAUAGAGAGUAUUGAAUUUGCUGAUUAGGGUAAUAAUAAAAAAGAAUUAAGCUUCACUGUUAAGUAUAGAUUGGAUUAAUAUGAAAAAGAAGAAUCUGUAAAAUCAUUGAUUAAUAAUAAGCUUGAAACAUCAAUCACAACCAAAAAGGAAAAGAAAUAGUAUCAUUACUUCGAAAAUGAAGAUUAGUUUAAAGAUUUACUUAGUGAAAAAGAAAAUGAAAAAAUAAAAGAAAACCAAGAAAAAACUCAAAAUUUGUAUCAGAAAAUCAAUGAAUUAGAAAAAUUUUAAUAAAGAGCCCGAAUUACCUUAGAAGAAUAAAUCGAAUCCAUAAAAUCCUUAAAUAAAACCAUAGAAAAAUAUAAAAAGGCUUUUACAGCUGAUAAAGAACUAAGAGACCAAGAAAUAUCCAAAAAAGAUGGUUUGGAAAAAGAAUUUAACAAUUAAACAAAAGAAAAAAGCAAAAAGGAAUAAAAUAUUAUUGAAGGAAAAAAAAUGAUUAAUGAUUUGGUUAAAAAAGUAGAAGAAUAAGAAAAAGAUAUUAAAACAAAUGAAUAAUAAAAAAGAUAAUAAUAAACUUUAUCAGCUAAAGAAGAAGAAGUAAAGAAAAACUAAAAUUAAAUUGACCAACUUUAACAGGAACUUCUAAGCAACCAAAAUGAAAUUAAGAGUUUAUAAUAAUAAAUUGAAACUCUUGAAAUCUAAUACAUUGAUAAAUAGAAUGAUUAGCUAGAACAUGAAAAAUAAAUUUUCAAGUUAAAACAACGCAUUAAAACCUAAGAAUACUAAAUCGAAUUGCAAUUGAUUAAAUUGAGCAAAUUAAACCUUUUUGAUUAGAACAGAAGAAAAUCAUAAUGA